AUGUUACUUUCUAAUGUCUCACUGAUUCUCUCGGAAGUAGCAGAGCUUAAAAAUAGCCAUGACUUAUCAAGUUUUGCCACAACUAUCAAUCCAGUAUUUUUUCACUUACUUGGAUCAGUGAAGUUUUUUGAUAGUAUUUUGAAAAUUAGUGAUAUUGAAGAUUUGUUAAAUAGAAUGAGACGUUGCCAUCAAAUUUGUUUAACGAUAAAUAUCAACAUUAUAGGUAGGAACUUUAUACAAAAAACCAAUGAAACAUUUGAUUAUCCAUUAUUUAUCCAAUGUGUAACCUCCACAAUUGGUUUGUGUCUAGUAUCGUUAGAAGCGUCAACAAUUCAAUUAAACUCUAGCAUAAAUUGCAUCAUGAAAAUGAUCAACAUGUUGGAAUAUUGGAUAGGCAUUACAUCAAGUCUUUUUAUUUAUUGUUAUUUGGGAACUACAAUAAGAGAACUAGGCCUCCGAGUAGCAGAUGCAAUUUAUCUAAGUAAUUGGAAUCAAUUAAUCUAUGACAAUACUUAUUCCAAAUAUCACAACCAACCAACGUCAAAUCAGAUUAAAUAUAUAAUUAGAACUGUUUUGAUGAGAUCUCAACGGCCGAUUAUUAUUAACGGUGGAUUAUUUUAUAUAUUAUCUUUGCAAACUUUUAAAGCACUUGUUGGAUGCUCUCUCUCCAAUGCUAUCAUUUUACGAGAGUUAUCUGAAGAUGAUUAA